AUGUGGACUUCUGGUAGAAUGAGCAAUGCAAAGAGCUGGCUUGGACUUGGCAUGUCCUUGUACUUCUGGGGACUGAUGGACCUUACGACCACCGUUCUCUCGGGCACCCCACCACCACAAGGCGAAUUAGAAGCUUUCCUUUCAGACAAGCCACAGUCACAUCAGCGAGCCAAAAGGAGCUGGGUUUGGAACCAGUUUUUCGUUUUGGAAGAGUACACUGGGACUGACCCUUUGUAUGUCGGCAAGCUUCACUCAGAUAUGGACAGGGGAGAUGGAUCUAUCAAAUAUAUCCUCUCAGGAGAAGGCGCAGGCCUCGUGUUUACCAUCGACGACACCACUGGAGACAUCCACGCCAUCCAGAGACUCGAUCGAGAGGAAAGAGCCCAGUAUACCUUAAGGGCCCAAGCCCUGGAUAGGAGAACAGGCAGGCCGAUGGAGCCAGAGUCCGAGUUCAUCAUCAAAAUCCAAGACAUCAAUGACAAUGAGCCCAAGUUCCUGGAUGGACCUUACAUUGCCACUGUGCCAGAAAUGUCACCAGUGGGUACCUCUGUUAUCCAGGUGACAGCCACAGAUGCUGAUGACCCGACCUAUGGCAACAGUGCCCGGGUAGUGUACAGCAUUCUCCAGGGACAGCCAUAUUUUUCUGUGGACUCCAAAACAGGUAUAAUUAGGACAGCACUCAUGAACAUGGACAGAGAAGCCAAAGAAUACUACGAAGUGAUUAUCCAAGCCAAGGACAUGGGAGGGCAGCUUGGAGGACUAGCUGGGACCACGACUGUCAACAUCACCCUCUCGGAUGUCAAUGAUAACCCACCCCGCUUUCCCCAGAAACAUUAUCAGAUGAGUGUGUUGGAAUCAGCUCCAAUUAGCUCCACCGUAGGGAGAGUGUUUGCCAAGGACUUGGAUGAAGGAAUCAAUGCAGAGAUGAAAUACACUAUUGUGGAUGGAGAUGGUGCAGAUGCCUUUGACAUUAACACAGAUCCCAACUUCCAAGUCGGCAUUAUCACUGUGAAGAAGCCCCUGAGUUUUGAAAGCAAAAAAAGCUACACCUUAAAAGUGGAGGGAGCCAAUUCUCACCUAGAGAUGCGUUUUCUGAACUUGGGCCCGUUUCAGGACACAACAACAGUACAUAUCAACGUGGAAGAUGUGGAUGAGCCCCCUGUAUUUGAACCUGGCUUUUAUUUUGUGGAGCUGCCUGAGGAUGUGGCAAUUGGAACGACCAUACAAAUCAUUUCUGCCAAGGACCCAGAUGUGACCAACAACUCAAUCAGAUACUCCAUUGACAGAAGUAGUGACCCUGGAAGAUUUUUUUAUGUUGACAUUACAACAGGUGCCCUGAUGACUGCAAGACCCCUAGACCGGGAAGAAUAUUCUUGGCAUAAUAUCACUGUUCUUGCUAUGGAAAUGAACAAUCCCUCCCAGGUUGGAAGUGUUACUGUCACAAUCAAAGUCUUAGAUGUGAAUGACAAUGCUCCAGAGUUCUCCAGAUUCUAUGAAGCUUUUGUCUGUGAGAAUGCCAAAGCAGGGCAGCUGAUCCAGACAGUGAGUGCAGUGGACCAGGAUGACCCACUCCACGGCCAGCAUUUCUAUUACAGCUUGGCUCCUGAGGCUGCUAACAACCCCAACUUCACCAUAAGGGACAACCAAGAUAACACUGCGCGGAUUCUAACCAGGAGGUCUGGCUUUCGGCAGCAAGAGCAGAGUGUCUUUUACCUGCCCAUCCUGAUAGCGGACAGUGGGCAGCCAGUGCUGAGCAGCACAGGCACACUGACCAUCCAGGUGUGCAGCUGUGAUGAUGAUGGCCAUGUCAUGUCCUGCAGCCCCGAGGCCUACAUGCUCCCAGUCAGUUUGAGUCGGGGUGCCCUCAUUGCCAUCCUGGCCUGCAUCUUUGUCCUCUUAGUGCUGGUGCUGCUCAUUUUGUCCAUGAGAAGGCACCGGAAACAGCCGUACAUCAUCGACGACGAGGAGAACAUCCACGAGAACAUCGUCCGCUACGACGACGAGGGUGGCGGCGAGGAGGACACCGAGGCCUUUGACAUCGCAGCCAUGUGGAACCCCCGAGAGGCGCAGGCGGGAACCGCCCCCAAAACGCGGCAGGACAUGCUGCCCGAGAUUGAGAGCCUCUCCCGCUACGUGCCUCAGACGUGCGCCGUGAACAGCACCGUCCACAGCUACGUGCUGGCCAAGCUCUACGAGGCCGACAUGGACCUGUGGGCCCCGCCUUUCGACUCCCUCCAGACAUACAUGUUCGAGGGGGACGGCUCCGUGGCGGGGUCGCUGAGUUCCCUACAGUCGGCCACAUCAGACUCGGAGCAGAGCUUCGACUUCCUCACGGACUGGGGGCCCCGCUUCCGGAAGCUGGCGGAGCUCUACGGGGCAUCGGAGGGGCCGGCGCCCCUGUGGUGA